UUUAUUACAUCAUUUCAUCUUUACAAACUGUUGAUUGGAAUGGUGUGGUAAACAAACUGGAAGCAGAUAGUCUGAUGAACAAAGAAAAACUCGAAAAGGUUGGUUCAUUUUGAUGCAAUUUACUGAAGGCCAUCUCCACAUAUCUUCUCCAAAUAAAAAGGACUGCAAAAAGCAUUGUGGCAAAUGGUGAGCUAUAUAUAUAUAUAUUUUUUUUUUUGAGAAAGUGGCAAAUGGUGAACUAGAGGCCAGCAAACAUCAGUAUCUUCUUCACUCAUUCCUAGCUACCAUAGCAAUUCUCUCAAGGCCUUAACUUUAAAGAUCUUGGUUCAGAAAUCAAAAAGAAAAGACAUUGGAUUCGAACAUUUUGAGUUUCAGAAAAGCAUGAAAAUUAUAGUACUUCUGGGGGUAUUCGUCCUCGGUCGCCACCUCUUUGCCAAAUGGUGUAGGCGGCGCGAUAUUGAAGCUGCCACACAACCACCACCUUCAAUCUCCAGUCAUAAAAAAGAGACUCCAAUGACUUCCACUUCUUCUUCUACUCACCGGUGUGAGUAUGAUGUCUUCUUGAGCUUUAGAGGUGAAGAUACCCGCCAAAGAUUUACGGGCCAUUUAUAUAAAGCUUUGUGUGACAAAGACAUUUACACCUUCAAGGACUAUAAACUUCGGAGGGGAGAAGAAAUUUCAAAGCAACUUUGCAAAACCAUCGAAAGGUCAAGGAUUUCAGUUAUUGUGUUUUCUGAAAAUUUUGCAUCUUCCAAAUGGUGUUUGGAUGAACUUGUUUGGAUCCUUAACUGUAAGAAAAAUCUUGGCCAAGUGGUUUUACCAGUUUUUUAUGGAAUAGAUCCAUCAGAAGUACGUAAACAAGAGGGAAAGUUUGGGGUAGAAUUGUCUAAACAUGAAAAAAAUUUCAAGGAUAACAAUGACAAGGUGCAUACUUGGAGGACAGCUCUAAAAGAAGUUGGCAAUUUGUCUGGAUUCCAUUACAAUAAUGAUUGUCUUGAAUCAGAAUUCAUCCAGGGAAUUAUCAAAGUGAUAUCAAGUAAGAUACUUUGCCGCACACGUUUAUUUGUUGCUAAAUACCCUAUUGGAGUAGAUUCUCGUGCAGCGAAAAUAGAAAAGAUUUUAUGUAUUGAGUCAAAUGAUAUCCGAAUCGUGGCAAUCCUUGGCCUUGGGGGAAUAGGUAAGACUACCAUCGCAAGAGCUGUAUAUAACAAAAUUGUUGAUGACUUUGAAAAAGGUUUCUUUCUAGACGAUGUUAAAGAAAGGUCUGGGACAAUUGAUGGCAGAAUCCGACUACAGGAGAUACUUCUUUCCCAGUUCUUAAGCGAUGGAAAUUCAAAGGUGGACAUCAUAUCUAGAGGAACCAAUGUGAUAAAGGAAAGACUUUGCCAUAAAAGAGUUCUUUUAGUUCUCGAUGAUGUGGAUGAAGGAAAACAAAUAGAAAAUUUGCUUGGAGAUUGUGAUUGGCUAGCUCCUGGAAGUAGAAUCCUUAUAACCGCAAGAGACAAAGAUGUGUUAAAUACUCUCAAACCAUAUCCUAAAAUCUAUAUGGUUGAUCAACUGGAUGAAUAUGAAGCUUCCGAACUUUUUAGUUUGUAUGCCUUCCAAACAAAUGAACCUGAGGAAGCUUACUUGCAACUUUCAAAGCAGUUUAUCAAUUAUGCCGAUGGCCUUCCACUAGCUUUAAAAAUAAUAGGUUCUGAUUUGCGUGGAAAAAGUGCAUGUGAAUGGGAAAGUGCAUUAGAGAAGUAUAAAAAGAUUCCCAACAAGAAAAUUCUAGAAAUACUCAAAAUUAGUUACGAAGGAUUGGACCCAAGUGAAAAACAUAUUUUCCUUGAUAUUGCAUUUUUCUUCCAAGGGAAAAAGAAAGAUUAUGUUGUAAAUAUAUUAGAGGCAUGUUAUUUAUUUCCAAAUAUUGGUAUUCCAAAACUUAUUGACAAGUGUUUGAUAACUAUUGAUUGGUGCGGCUAUUUAUCGAUGCAUAACUUGCUACAAAAAAUGGGAGAGGAAAUUGUUCAACAAGAAUCACCACAAGCGCUUGGAAAACGUACUAGGCUACGAGAUUAUGCUGAUGCUUGUGCUGUACUAACUGCAAAUAUGGGAACGAAUGAAAUUCGAGGCAUAAUGUUGAAUCCACCUAAACCUAUUACAUUGGAAAUUCAUCCUCAAGCUUUCAAAAAGAUGGAAACUCUCAAGUUUCUUAUAGUUAAAAAUCUUGUCUACUUCAACAUGCCACAUUGUAACAUGAUAAUACCUAAGCCAUUCAAGCAGGUUUUGUGUUUUAAAAUGUUGAGAGGAAUCAAUCUUGACCAUUGUGAAUCCAUCGAGAAAUUUCCUGAGUUGUGGGCUCCAAAUUUAAAGAAAUUUGACCUUUCUUAUUGUAAAAAUUUGGUUGAGAUUCAUGAGUCUAUUGGAUUGCUUAAUAAGCUUGAAACUUUGGACCUUUCUGGUUGCAAAAAACUUCAAGCUCUUCCUAGAAGACUUGAGUUCAAAUCUCUAAAAUUUUUUUUUCUCGAAUACUGUGAAUCCAUUCAAGAAUUACCUGAGUUGGGUGCCCCAAAUUUAGAGAGUAUUAACCUUUUUGGUUGUAAAAAUUUGGUUAAGAUUCAUGAGUCUAUUGGAUUGCUUGAUAAGCUUAAAGUUUUGUCCCUUUCUUUUUGCCAAAAGCUUCAAGCUCUUCCUAGAAGACUUGAGUUCAAAUCUCUAAAAUUUUUUUUUCUCCAAUAUUGUGAAUCCAUUCAAGAAUUACCUGAGUUGGGUGCCCCAAAUUUAGAGAGUAUUAACCUUUUUGGUUGUAAAAAUUUGGUUAAGAUUCAUGAGUCUAUUGGAUUGCUUGAUAAGCUUAAAGUUUUGUCCCUUUCUUUUUGCCAAAAGCUUCAAGCUCUUCCUAGAAGACUUGAGUUCAAAUCUCUAGAAUUGUUUUUUCUCCAAUACUGUGAAUCCAUUCAAGAAUUACCUGAGUUGUGUGCCCCAAAUUUAAAAACAUUAUACCUUUCAAAUUGUAAAUCUUUAGUUAAGGUUCAUGAGUCCAUUGGACUUCUUGAUAAACUUGAAACUUGGGAUCUCCAAAACUGUGGAAAACUUCAAACUCUUCCAAGAAGACUUGCGUUAAAAUCUCUUAAAUAUUUUGAUCUUAGAGGGUCCACAAGCCUUGAGAACUUCCCUGAUAUUGAUCCUGAAAUGAAAUGCUUAGAGUAUUUAUUUUUGUGUGAGACUCGUAUUAGAGAGUUCCCUUCCUCAAAUAGCAUCUAUCAAUUCCAAAAACUCUGGAAUUUAUGUCUUUCUAUUAACAUACCAAGACCAGCCCGCAAUUCUUUUGAUGGCUAUGGGUUUUUACAGUUAAUAGGACUUACUCUCUCCGGUGAAAAUGUAACUGAAUUAGAUGAUUUGGAGGUCGAUUACUUUCCCACAUUGCGUGUUCUAAAUCUAGAAAACACCAAUAUUGUUACCAUCCCCGAAAGCUUUGUCAAAUUUACUAGAUUAACGGAUCUUUAUAUAUCCGAUUGCAAGCAGUUUGAGGAAAUUCAAGGAUUUCCACAAUCUUUAUGUCAUUUGACAGUUAGAAAUUGCCCAUCGUGGAAUCUACAAUCAUCAAACAAAAUAUUGAUUCAGGUCUUUCUCUAUCACUCUAUCGCUUUCAGUUGUAAAGAAAUAAUUGCAUUGCCUUUCCCCAAAUACCUAACUCGAUUUGCCAAACUGCAGGGUAUUGCUAAAAAAAAUGCAGAUAGAGUACUUGAAUCUUCACAUCGACCUCUCCGCUGGAUUGGUUCCUUUCGAGUACCAGGGAGUGAGAUUCCAGAUGAGUUCAACCACCAAAGCGAUGGAAAUUCCAUUUCAUUCAUGGUUGGUCGGAAUUGGAGAUUUCCAUAUCUUUUUGCUAUUUGUCUUGCCCUUGGACCAACUAAUGAAUAUGGUGGGUUUGGCAUUUACGUUGACGUCAAUGGUUUCAAAAUUGAAUGUGAUAGUUUUCACUUAAAGAAAAGUGAAUCUUGUAGCUUGUGGUUUUCUUCUGGACCUCUUUGUGAAUGGGAGAAGUUAAAUCUAUCUAAACAGAGUCAUCUUAAGGUUACUAUCAAGAUGGUGAAACAUAAUUAUCACGGAGAGUCAAUGGAUUCUACGGCUAUGAUAAAAAAGUUUGGGGUCCAUGUAGAAUGCAUCUGUUGUUGCAAUGAAGGAGAUUCAGGGCAUGCAAUUGCAAUGGAAACAACAAAUACUGCUGGGUUUGAAUAUGGUUUGAAGGGAUUUCAAGGUGAUUCGAAUAUGUCAUUAUCAAUCCCUAUGGACCCCGAGGUCCACCCUUUAAUACCACUUCCUUAUUCCUCAAAUAUGGAUCAUGAGGAUUUCGAAACUAUAAAUUUGGUAGGCUCAACUGUUAGUGAUGAGUUUGAUUUGGGUUCGUCUUCAGUGACCCAUGAAUUUGUGAAUGAUGACUUUGAUUUGAAUCUGUCUCCACCCUUGAAGAAAAAGAGGACAUCUUGA